UAUACACUUCUCUCUCUCUAAAAUGAUGUAAUAUUGGUAAAGCAAGUGGAGUGGAGGAGGAGCCAACUGAUCUUGAUUCAAUAUUGCGAGAAUCAACGAAGAAGAAGACUUAAGAUCGAGUUCGAUCUCCUCCUUUAGUGCUGAUCAAAUGCCUCUUGUUCUUGACGUUAUUCUUCCUCAUGAUGAACUCACCGUUCAAGGAGGAUACUACUGGAAGAAGGAGAGAUAACUAACAGAAAGGAUUGAAUCAUCUUCUUCUUCUUUCCGAAACAGUUGCAGAAGUUGAUUCGCCGCCACUAAUUGAAUUGUUUUUCUCCUUCUCCUUCUGAUAGAUAGAUUAUUGUAUUCGGCGAUGAUGUCUACGACGACGACGGUGACAGUGGUGAGCGAUGCGGUUGAAUCACAAAUAUCUGUUCCAAUUCCAUCAUCAUCAUCAUCAACAAAGCUAGUCCAAUUUGCGGAAUGCGAGUGCUGCGAAUUGAGGGAGGAAUGCACGCAGGGAUAUAUAGAGAGAAUUCGAGAGCGAUAUCAAGGGAAGUGGAUCUGUGGACUUUGUGCAGAAGCCGUAAAAGACGAGAUCAUAAGGAGCGAUAGGUUGAUUACAACGGAAGAGGCGUUAAUUCUGCAUAUAAAUUUCUGUAAGAAGUUCAUCUCCUCUGAAGGUCCAAUUUCAGAUCCAACGAUUGACUUGAUUGCCGCGAUGAGACAGAUUCUCCUUCGUAGCCUUGAUAAUUCGCCUAUUAGAUCCUUGAGAUCAGCUCCGAGGAGCGUGGGACAAGGUAUUGAAGUACUUGAAUCAAAUAUUGAUCAUCUACUAAUUAGUGAUCAAAGCUGUAUAGCUGCUAGUUUGUCUAGUUUAGGUACUGAUUCGUCAUUAUCCUUCCCUGUUAUUUGCAAAAACAAAAAUGAAUGGGAGAAAGGAAAUGAUGAUGAUGAUGAUCAUGAUUUUGAGCUUAGUUGAUGAAAGAAAGAAAGAAAGAAUAAAUGCAACUUUGUUUAUGAUGGAUAAAUAGAUAGAUAGAUAAAUGUAUAUAAUCUUUUGGUAAUUGAAACACAGAAAGAAUGACUCUGGUUGUUUCACUAAAUUAUAUUCUA